AAUUACUUUAAUAGUUUCCCAUUGUACAGAAUCAAAAGCUUUAAAAAUAUCCAAUGAUACUAUACCAAUUUUAUCACCAUUAUAUUCAGCUACAUCUAUAAUAUUUAAUACUCUUCUAACAAUAUCACUCAUGUAUCUACCCUUCACAAAACCUACUUGAUUAUAACUUAUAUAUCUAUCUAUAAAUCUAUUUAAUCUAUUACUUAUAAUAGCAGUAAAUAUCUUUGCAUCCUGAUUAAUUAAAGAAAUGGGCCGAUAGGACUCAAUCCUUUCUAAAUCUUUAUCUGGUUUAGGAAUUAGGGAUAUCACCGUUCUAUUCCAUGACGAAGGUACUUCUCCACCAUGUAAUAUUCCAUUGAAUAAUUUUUGCAAUCUUGGUAUUAUUAAUUCUUUAAAUUCUUUAUAAAACUCAACAGGUAAUCCAUCCUCACCUGGAGCUUUCCCUAAUUUUAAUUUUGUAUUAUUCCAUUAAUCUCAUCUUGUGUUAUAUCUUCUUCCAUCAAUUCCUUAUAUGUUUGAUCAAUUUUCACCACAUACUUUUCUAAAUAGCUUUGCAAUUUUCCCCGAUUAAUUGGUUUCUUUGAAUAUAGAUUCUGAAAAAAAUUUCUAACCACUUCACAUUUCUCUAAUUUUUUAUAACAUCUUAUACCUCUAUCAUCUAUCAAAGCUCCAAUUUCUCUCUUCUCUCUUUUAUUUUUCGCCAUCUUUGCCAAUAAUUUAGAAUUUCUAUUACUAAAUUCAAAAAAAUUCCUAUUUAAAUAUCUCAAAUUUCUUUUUACUAACUCUGUAUCUUCUUCUAUCAUUUUAUUUCUUAACAUAUUAAGCUCCUGAAGAAUUUUUUUUUCUUUAGUAAGCAAAAAUUGAUUUUCCAAUUCUUUAAUCUGAUUUUUAUCUCUUUCCAUUUUAAUUUUAUAAUUUUUAUAUUUCCUACUUGAUAAUUUAAUACUCUCCCCUCUAAACACCGCUUUCAUCGCAUCCCAAACAAUUUCAAAUUUAACCUCCCCGUUAUCAUUUAAUCUCCAACUUUCCUCCAGUUUAUUAAGUAUCCAUUUUUUAUCCUUUUCAUUUUUAUACAGUUUCUCGUCAUAUCUCCAAUAGCUUCUUUUUUUCUCAAAAUUAAAAUCUAAAUCCACCAUAACUUCUGCAUGAUCAGAAUCUUUAAAAAUUCCCACAUCUACCUUAUCCACAUUAUUCAACAAAUCUUUAGAAAGAAAAAUAUAAUCAAUUCUAGAAUAUGUAUUAUAUAUCUUAGAGAAAAAAGUGUAUACUCUCUCAAUUCCUUUAACCUCUCUCCACACAUCGACCACGCCAUUUCGAAGCAUCCACAUAUUUAAAAUCCCCAUUUUAUUUGCUCUUCCAAGCGGGUGGGAUUAGUACUGUCUAUUUUAUCUCUGAUUAAAUUAAAAUCCCCAGCCACAAUUACUUUCCCUACACUUUCAUUCUCCAAAAUUUUUGUUAUUUUUUCAAGAAAUUCUCUUUGUUUUUCAUUCGGUAAAUAUAAAUUAACAAGUGUCACUUUUUCCUCAUUAAGAUUUCCAACAAUUAUUACAUAUCUUCCAUCUUCAUCCAAAAUUACCUUAUAUUUUUCAAAGUACACCCUAUCUGAUAUCAGUGUUGCAACUCCUCUAGCUUUUGAAGUUCCAAAUGCUUUUUCAUAUAUUUGCAUACCUUUUAUAUACAUUCUAUUUGAAUCUUCAGAUUUCUGAUGGGUUUCUUGUAAAAAUAAAAUGUCUGGUAAAUCCCUUUUAAUCUUAAAUUCCAAUCUUCUUCUUUAAAUCUGAUUCCCUGUACCCUUCACAUUCCAUGACAUUAUUUUUAUAACUCCCAUUUAAAAUAUAAAUUUUUUAAUCCUAUCCCCGCAUCUUCCUUUCUGUGCCCACAACCCAACAUUAAACUACCAUAUAACCUAUAUUUAACAUAUAAACAACAAUAAGAAAACAGAAAAAAACAAAAAACAAGACAAACAAUAAAGUACAAACAAUCUUCUUCCCCCACAUCCUCAUCGGUUUCGCCUCUAUAAAGAGAAUGGGGGAGAGGGGAUCGUAUAAAUCUUUUUCUCUUCAGAUCGUAUAAAUCUUUCGCCUUUUACUGCAGAUACCAAUGUCUUAUUGGACACGGAGGAUUGCCAAGAAAAAGAAGUGUGUUCCAGGUGUGGGAAAACACUCCGAGAUGGAUCGGGAUUAUGUGACUGUUGUAAAAGCCCUGCUGGAGAGAAACAAGAUGAAAGCAGGCAACACUCCAGAAGGACCCUUCCUCCUCCUUUACAUGAAAGAAGACAACAAGGAGGGGAAAUGAACAAAUGUACGGAGUGUGCACAAACCUUCAGUACAAGCCGCUCUCUUGCACUGCAUAAAAAGUUUCACAAAGCAGAGGAUCCACACAAAUGUCUGGAUUGUGGAAGGACCUUGAGGCAGAACAGUCACCUUAAUUCACAUAAGAACGUCCACGAAGAGAGGAAGCAGCAUCGAUACAUUAAUAGGGGAAACAGCUUCGGAAGCAGCGCCUCCCUUACUUCCCAUCAAAGCAUCCACAGAGAGGAGAGGUUGCAUCAAUGCAGGGAGGGUAGAAGGAGGUUUACUGGGAGCAGGGAACUGAAUUCCCGGAAAAAAAGCCCCACUGGGAAGAAAUCAUGCAAAUGCCUGGAAUGUGAGAAGAGCUUCCAUUCUGCAAGUGAUCUCACUUCCCAUAAUAGGAUCCAUACAGGAGAAAAGCCGUAUGAUUGCACGGUGUGUGGAAAGAGCUUCACCAAAAAAAGCAAACUCAAUGUACAUAAUAUGAUCCACACUGGAGAGAAGCCGUGUAAAUGCUCAGAGUGUGGAAAAUGCUUCAGGACCUCCACGGCCCUUACUUGCCAUAAGAAGAUUCACACAGGGGAGAAACCCUAUGAAUGCUUGGAGUGUGGAAAAAGCUUCAAUAGACGUGAUACACUAACUAAUCAUAAUAGGAUGCAUACAGGGGAGAAACCAUAUAAAUGCCUGCACUGUGGAAAGAGCUUCAGUGAAAAAGGUCAUCUUAAGUCACAUGAGAUGAUCCACACAGGGGAAAAACCCUUUCAAUGCAUGGAGUGUGGAAAGAGCUUCCGUGUCUCAGCAAGCCUUAAUGUCCAUCACAGAAUCCACACAGGGGAGAAGCCCUUUCAAUGCCUGCAGUGUGGAAAGCGUUUUGCCAGUUAUGGUUCCUUUCAUGCCCACAAACGGACCCACACAGGGGAGAAACCGUACAAAUGCCUGGAGUGUGGAAAGAGCUUCCAUAAAUCCGACCACUUAACAUCCCAUAGAAGAAUCCACAAUGGAGAGAAACCAUAUCAAUGCACUGAGUGUGGGAAGCGCUUCACUAUUCCAAGGAGCCUUACUCAACAUAAAAGGACCCACACGGGUGAAAAGCCUUAUAAGUGCACCGAAUGCAACAAAUGCUUCACCAGUUCGGGAUCCCUCACUUCCCACAAAAGGCUCCACACCGGAGAGAAGCCAUUUAAAUGCAUCGUGUGUGGAAAGAGUUUCCGAGACGGGAAUAAACUUACACUCCAUAAAAGACUCCACACAGGGGAGAAACCCUAUAAGUGCACAGAGUGUGGAAUGAUUUUCAGAAUAAGUAGUAGCCUUUGUAUCCACAAGAGGACCCACACUGGGGAGAAACCAUAUCAGUGCCAGGAGUGUGGAAAAUGCUUCAGGGAUUCUGGAGCACUGACGAAGCAUAAAAGGAUCCACACAGGAGAGAAACCCUAUAAGUGCACCGAGUGUGGCAUGAGUUUCAGUCAAUCUAGUUACCUUGGUAACCACAAGAGGAUCCACACUGGGGAGAAGCCGUAUACAUGUCAUGAGUGUGGAAAAAGCUUUAGACAUAAUGAUACACUCAGAAGCCAUAGAACGCUUCACUCAGGGAAGAAACCCUAUAAAUGCCUAAAGUGUGGAAAAUGUUUUAGUUUGAGUGGCCAGCUUACCUCCCACAAUAGGCUCCACACAGGAGAGAAGCCAUUUAAAUGCAUCGUGUGUGGAAAGAGUUUCCGAGAGGGGAGGAAUCUUACACUCCAUAAAAGAAUCCACACAUGGGAGAAGCUAUAUGAGUGUGUGGAGUGUGGAAAGAAAUUCAGAACUGGGAGUGACUUUAAUCACCAUAAGAAGACGCAUAGUAGGAAAAGACGAUGCUAAUUGGCUCAUGUUGAUUCUCAAAAUUUGCUAUAAUCCUCACAGAAGUGUCCCAGGAGAAUCUGUAGAAAUACAUGGCAUAUGGGAGGGGCUUCCAAAGCAACAGAAGCUUUUCGACCCAUUAAAAAUAAGAGUUGCAUUAUAUAUUUAAGUCACACCAGAACAAAGAGAAGCAGGAUCUUCAGUGAGCACUUCACUGGGAGAAAGAGACGCAAAAGAAUGAAAUAUUGAGCCAAUACAAGGCUCAAGUAUUUUGUCAAAAAUAAACACUGGACAGUUGGCUUUGUGUCUGCACCAUCUAAAAUUGGUUGGCUUUAACUGAUUUCUAGUCUGAGAUACAAUAUUGAUUGUGUUUGUUUUCUGUUAAUGCCCCAACUUGUACAAGUAGCUAAAGGCUUAGCUUACACCUCUCAGAUAUGCCAGUUCAGGAAUUCUGGAAGUUGAAGCCUACAAAUCAUAAAAGGUCCACGGUUCACCAUCUCUGGUCUAAAUAGAAGGAUCCUUGGAGAUUCAAUUAACAGGUUAAACUUAGAAUAAAAGCGUAAAUCCUUCUGCUUGUAAAUCAUAACCCCAAAUGUACUAUGGGACAAGACAAAAGGCACAAACAGGAAAGAUUUGCACCUGUAAAUCUCUAAAAAGAAGAAGUAUGCUGUUAGAAAAAUAAGAAGUAUCAUUGAAAGCUAUGCUAUAGUACUGAUGAAGUGACAUUUAUGAAAGUGUUGCGGUUACUCUGUGUACAUGUUAGGAUAGCUUUGCUGAGCUUUGUAUUAUGUACACUAUGGUUAAACUGUUAGUGUAAAAGAGGCAGGAAUUACUGUAAAGGUUGGCCUCUCCCCUCUUUGGAAGAGGUUUAUAGUUCCUGCUGCCUUAAGGAAAUUCAAAACGUUCUUAAAGAUCCAUCUCAUCCUGGGCACCCUUUGUUUGAACUAUUACCAUCUGGCAGACGGUACAGGAUAAUAAAAAAAAGGAGAAAUAGGCUGAAAAACAGCUUCUAUCCCAGGGCAAUAACCAUACUGAAUUCUACGGUAUAGUGCCGUGAUGGCAAACCUAUGGCACGUGUGUCACAGGUGGCAUGCAUAGCCAUAUUGGUGGGCACGUGAGCUCAGCUCCCAGCUGAUUUUCCUCCCUUCUGCGCCUACCUGCAAUGCGGAAAGAGGCUGUUUCCUACCUCCGGAGGGCCUGGUAUAGGUGAGGAAGGCCCAUUUUUUGCUCUCCUCAUGCUCCAGAGCCUUUCUAGGCGGCUGGGGGCAGGCAAAACGGCCUUCCCCACCCCCUGGAGGCUCUCCGGAGUCCAAAAACAGCCCAUUUGCCAACUUCCGGUCCCACAGGAAGUUGGCAAAUGGGCAAUUUCCAGGCUACAGAGGGCCUCCAGGGUGUGUGUGUGGGGGAGAAGGCCGUUUUUGCCUCCCCAGGCUCCUAGAAAGGCUCUGAAGUAUGGUGACAGCAAAAAACAGACCUACCGGGCCCACUGGGUCAAAAGGAGGGGAGUGUGAGGGGUGUCCAAUGCGUGGGGCGGGGCGCAUAGAAUUAUGAGUGUGGGCACGCGCACGACCCCCCUGCCCUCCCCCGUUUGGCACAAAUGGUAAAAAGCUUCGCCAUCACUGAUAUAGUGUAAUAUCGGGUUUUCAGUUUCAGUUAUAUAGAAUAUAAAGGAUGUAUGUUUGUGUGCUUGUUUUUAUUGUUAUAAUGUACUCUGAAGACGGGAUUUAAUUUCAUUGUACAAUGUGCAAUGACAAUAAAAUGAAAUAAAGGGAGAUGAGGAAAUACCUUCUGACUCUCACUUGUAAACGGUGGGAAAUGCUUUGUAAAAUGUUGGUGGGAUAAACAAGUUUUGAGUGAGAUCUUUGUGUGCCACUUUUUCUGCAGAAUAAAGCUUUUCCUUACUGUACAA